AUGGCGCCAUCUGUCACAACGGAAGCGCCCUCUCAGACUGUUGAUGUACGGCUGCCCACUUCCCUGAAACCUGAACUGUAUAAAGUCGAAUUGAAACCGAACAUGUACGCGGACGACCCGUCGACCUUCACCUUUGACGGAGACGUAGAUAUACGAAUGGAAUGUGUACAAGCCACUCGGAACAUUACCGUACAUAUCAACCUUCUCAAUAUCACCGCCGGAAGUAUACAAGUUACAGCGGAAGACCAGACUGAACCUGCGCUAUCAAUGACGAGCUUCGAGUUGGACACGGAACGACAGUUUUUGAUCGUCCACCUCAGCAGGGAUCUUGUACCGACUAAGUUUUAUCAUCUAGCUCUGGCUUUCGUGGGGCCAUUGAAAGAUGACUUGCACGGACUGUAUCUGAGUUCGUACAAAAGGGGCAACGAAUCUGUGUACAUAGCCACGACUCAGUUCCAGCCAACUGAUGCCAGGAAGACAUUUCCGUGUUUUGAUGAGCCCGGGAUCAAAGCCAGAUUUGACAUCGUAUUGGUCAGAAAAAGUCACAUGGUAUCACUAUCAAAUAUGCCAAUUAUCACGACAGAGAAUAGAGCCGAUGGCUGGUUCGCCGACGUGUUCGAUACAACACCGGCAAUGUCGACAUAUCUCUUGGCCUUCAUUGUAUCCGACUUCGAGAAAACCAGUAAUCUGACGCGAAACAAUGUAAUGGUGAGUCUCGAAUUAUCACAAGGAAUAAUAGAACGUAACGGCUGGUCUCAACCAAUCACAAGGGACGUGACAAUUUAUGUAAUGUCUGUUACAGUGAAGUUGUUGCUUUACUGUUUCUACACCGCAGACAUGAUCGCUAUCCCUGACUUCGCUGCUGGCGCCAUGGAAAACUGGGGACUAAUAACCUACCGAGAGACAGCCAUGUUGUACGACCCAAUGGAGUCAUCAGAGGUUAACAAACAAAGGGUUGCUGUAGUUGUCUCCCACGAACUUGCUCACCAGUGGUUCGGGAAUCUUGUCACGCCGUCCUGGUGGGACGAUCUAUGGCUCAACGAAGGAUUUGCCAGCUUUGUGGAGUACAUGGGGGUGGAUUAUGUUCAUCCAGACUGGAAAAUGUUUGACCAGUUUGUUGUUGAGGAUGUGCAGAGCGUUUUCAACUUUGACGGACUGGUGACGUCACAUCCGGUGUACGUUCCAGUAUCACAUCCUGACGAAAUCAAUGAAAUAUUUGACCGUAUAUCGUAUGGGAAGGGAGCGAGUAUCAUCCGUAUGAUGCGGUUCUUUCUUGGUGAGGACACGUUUAAACGAGGACUAACGGCGUACCUCAGUAACCUGGCCUACGGGGCAGCUUUCCACGAUGACUUGUGGUUCGCUCUUGGAAACCAAUCUAUGAAGGAGAACAAACCACGGACUGACGUGAAGGAAAUCAUGGACACAUGGACACUUCAGAUGAAUUUUCCGGUUGUGACUGUUACCAAAAACGGCGCCACUGGCCUUAAGGCUACGCAGAAGCGAUACCUACGGGACUACAAUGCCGUGGAUCCAGGGACUUAUCCGUCUCCAUUUAACUACCGUUGGGAGAUCCCAUUUACCUACACAACAUCCACCAGCCCGGUGUUUGACCAGACGGACGCCGAUGUUAAAUGGAUGCGUAGAGACUCGGACACAAUUUAUAUUGCUAACGCUGUAAGCAGUGGUGACACAUGGUUUAUCGCUAACGUGAAACAGUAUGGAUACUACCGUGUAAACUACGACUCGGAGAACUGGGCAGCGAUAGUACAGCAGCUGAAAACUAACCCUGGGGUGAUCGACCCUGUCAACCGAGCACAGAUAAUCAACGAUGCGUGGAAUCUCGCGAAAUCGGGCGAUCUACCAAUAGAGACAGCUUUAAGCACAGUAGAAUAUCUUGACAAAGAGCCGGAGUAUAUUGUAUGGGACUCUGCCCUCGGGGAGCUUGGCUAUGUCAAGUCUAUGCUAGAGAGAACUGAACUAUAUGGCUCCUUUAGCAAAUUUAUGGAAAAUAAGGUGAGGGAACCUUUUACGAACAUAACAUUGGAUAAUACUGGUGCAUCUCAUCUAGAGGCAUAUCUGCGGGCGACGCUGGCGUCCCAGGCAUGUCAUUAUGGUAUCGACGAAUGUGUGCUAGAGGCUAAACGGUUGUUCGAAUCAUGGCUGCAAAAUCCGGACGCACCUAAUCCGAUUGAUGCGUCGUUACGAGGGACCGUGUACUGUACAGCGAUUGCUCAUGGCGGUAUAGAAGAGUGGGAUUUCGCCUAUCGUAUGUUUAAGGCGUCUAACGUGGCUGGCGAACAAUCCCGACUCAUGGCUGCCCUGGCGUGUAGCAGAGAAACCUGGGUCCUUAGCAGGUAUCUGGUAUAUUCCAUAAGUCCCGACAAGAUCCGGAAACAGGAUGCGACCAGUGUUAUAGUGUAUAUAGCUAACAACCCGAUCGGUAGGGCCCUGGCCUGGGAUUUUGUGAGGGAACAUUGGAAUUUCCUUAUGAAUGACUUUGGCGGGGGAUUAUUUUCCUUCAGUGGUUUAAUAUCCGGACUAAGUUCAAAAUUCAACACUGAUUUUGAUAUUCAGCAGCUCAAUGACUUCCUUGAGAAGAACCCAGAUAUGGGGUCAGGCACGCGUGCCUUCAAGCAGGCCAUCGAGAAGACCACCAGCAACGUCCGAUGGAUGAAUGAAAACUACGGCAAGGUCGAAACAUGGCUCCGAAGCCAAGGCUAUUGA